AUGGCCGCGAACUCCCCCUUCGACUGCAUCCUCCUAGACCUGGACGACACCCUGUACCCGGGCAACACCGGCAUCGGGCCGGCCCUGAAGCGCAACAUCGACGAGUUCCUCCAGGCCAAGCUCGGCGUCUCCGCCGACAAGGCCGCCGCCAUGCGCGUCGAGCUCUUCCGCACGCACGGCAGCUCCCUCGCCGGACUCAUCGCGCUCGGCUAUGACGUGCACCCGGACGAGUACCACAGCUACGUGCACGGCAGGCUACCGUACGACAGGAUCCCCGCCGACCCGCAGCUGGCGCGCCUGCUGCAGAGCAUCCCGCAGCGCAAAGUGCUCUUCACCAACUCGGACCGCGCGCACAUGAGACGGGCGCUGGAGCGGCUGGGCGUGGACGAGGCCAUCUUCGACGCCGUCGUGUGCUUCGAGACCAUGAACCCGCACCUCUUCGGCGGCGCCAGGGAGGAGCGCGGCGACCACCCGGUCGUGGUCCUCAAACCGGCGGUGGACGCCAUCGUGGCUGGGCUGCGCGCCGCCGGCUCCAACCCACGGCGGACGCUCUUCCUGGACGACAGCGAGAGGAACAUCGCCGCGGGGAAAGCGCUCGGCCUCCGCACCGCCCUGGUUGGCAAGAGGGUGAGGAGCAAGGAAGCAGACUACGCCCUGGACAACAUCGGCACGCUCCGGCGGGCCAUCCCGGAGAUCUGGGGCGUCGUCGCCGGCGGCGAGACUGAACGCUCGGACCACAGCAUCGACAAGAUGCCGAUGAGGUCUGACCUGGACUCCAUCAUCCAGCCCACGUCCAUCCAGGCCUAA